UGAGCUUGACGGUGGCCGUGCAGAUUUUUGUAAGCAAAGAAAAGAAUCACUGUACGACAGAAAAUAAAAUGAAAGCAGAGCUGACAGCACAUCACAGCAGAUGACAUGUAUCUCUUUAUUCAAGUAACUCAACUGUGGGAGGAGCUGAAGUCAAAUCGUCUCGCCAAAUACGGCACAGUAACUGCGGUCACAGCUAUUAGUUUGGUUCUGCUGAGAAAAUGGAUUGCAGGUGGAGUUUGCUGCUGUCGUGUACGACUGGAUGGGAAGACAGUCAUCAUUACUGGUGCCAACACUGGCAUUGGAAAAGAGACGGCGCGUGACUUGGCCAUGAGAGGGGCUCGGGUUGUGAUGGCUUGUCGAGAUCUGUCAAAAGCAGAAAAGGCUGCUACAGAGAUUCGCAGAUUUACAGGAAAUGGAAACAUAGUGGUUCGUCACUUAAACCUCUCAUCUCUGCUCUCCGUGCGCCAGUUUGUGAAUGAAUUCACUGCCACUGAGGAACGGCUGGAUAUACUUAUUAACAAUGCUGGAGUGAUGAUGUGCCCUAAAAGCCUUACAGAGGAUGGCUAUGAAACCCAGUUUGCUGUCAAUCAUUUGGGCCAUUUCCUCCUGACUGUCCUGCUCCUGGACGUGCUGAAGAAGUCUAGUCCUAGUCGAAUUAUUAACGUAUCCAGUAUUGCUCACAAAGGAGGUAAGAUCCACUUUGAUGACCUUAACUUCAACAAAGCGCCGUACGAUUCCUUAGUCAGUUACAGGCAGAGCAAACUUGCCAACCUGCUGUUUACUCGAGAAUUAGCGCGGAGGAUUAAAGAGUCUGGUGUAUCAGUGUACUCUCUUCACCCUGGAGUAAUCCGCACUGAACUGGGACGUUACGUGCAGACUCGCCACCCACUGCUCAGCGCUCUGCUGUCUUUUCCUGCUUUCUUACUGAUGAAAACUCCCAGUCAAGGAGCCCAGACUUCUGUUUACUGUGCAGUUGCUGAAGGGCUGGAGUCUCACAGUGGCUGCUAUUUCAGCGAUUGUAAACUGAAGGAACCCGCUCCUGAAGGUAAAGAUGAUCUCGCUGCCCUGCGAUUGUGGCAGAUAAGUGCAAAACUCGUCGGCUACAACGAAGAGAACUGACAAGCAAGCUCUAUUCAUAAUACCAAAUGCCUAUAUAGGAAUGCUUUGAAUGCAGCUAUCAACACACAGAUCAUCUUUUCCAUCUUUGCUGAUUUUUUUUAAAAAAGCAAAACUUUAUUUAAUUGAAUUUAUGAUUAUUGAUGGUUUAAUCUAGAAUGUUUUUGUCUGGAUUCGUACUGUAGUACUGUGUUGCCCACCUGCCCAUGACAGCUGAUGUAAUUUUACAUUUUAAAUGUUUUGAAAUCUCAUUUAAUGAGUAAUAAAUGUUUCAUUAAGGAAUAUCUUACUUAAGUAAAAUAAAAGACACUAAAAUGUUGUGAUGAAUCGUUUUUCUGUGUCGAAUCUUUCAAAUAAAUUAGUUCACGGCAAUAAAGGACUUACUGAAGGGAUAUUUUAAUGCUGGUAAUGUAUAAGU